AUGAGGGGCAGCCCUCCGGCCGCCCUGGCCCUGGGCCUGCUACGCCUCUGCCUGGUCCAAGCAAACUUCGCCCCCCAUUUUUUCGACAACGGAGUGGGCAGCACCAAUGGCAACAUGGCCCUGUUCAGUCUCCCAGAGGACACACCUUUAGGCUCUCAUGUGUACACCCUGAAUGGGACAGAUCCUGAAGGAGACCCUGUCUCUUACCACAUCAGCUUUGACCCCAACUCUAGAAAUGUCUUUUCUGUUGACCCCAAUUUUGGAAACAUCACCCUGAUUGAAGAGCUGGACAGAGAGAGGGAGGAUGAGAUUGAAGCCAUUGUCAGCAUUUCUGAUGGCGUGAAUCUGGUGGCAGAAAAGGUUGUGAUCCUGGUGACUGAUGUCAAUGAUGAGGCGCCCAGGUUCAUCCAGGAGCCCUACAUUGUCCAGGUUCCAGAGGACACACCUGCCGGGAGCAGUAUCUUUAAGGUCCAAGCAGUGGACAAGGACACAGGUUCUGGAGGGAGUGUCACCUACUUCCUGCAGAAUCCACACUCCACCAAAUUUGCCAUGGAUCGCCACAGUGGUGUGCUGCGCCUCCGGCCUGGCGCCACCCUGGACUAUGAGAAGACCCGGGCCCAUUUCAUCACGGUGGUUGCCAAGGAUGGUGGAGGGAAGCUGCGAGGAGCUGAUGUGGUGUUCUCGGCCAGCACCACAGUCACAGUCAAUGUGGAAGACAUACAGGACAUGGACCCUGUCUUCGUGGGCACACCCUACUACGGCUAUGUGUAUGAGGACAGCCUUCCGGACUCGGAGGUACUGACUGUGGUCGCCAUGGAUGGAGAUCGGGGCAAACCGAAUCAUAUUCUCUAUUGCCUUGCAAAUGGGAGCGAUGGAGCCUUUGAAAUUAAUGAAACAUCUGGAGCCAUCUCCCUCAUGCAGAGCCCAGCCCAGCUCCGGAGAGAGGUGUAUGAGCUGUUCGUACAGGUGACAGAGGUCAGCUCUGCGGGGAGUCCAGCUGCCCAGGCCACAGUCCCCGUCACCAUCAGGAUCGUGGACCUCAAUAACCAUCCACCUACAUUUUAUGGAGAAAGUGGACCCCAGAACCGAUUUGAGUUGUCCAUGUAUGAGCACCCACCCCAGGGGGAGAUCCUGCGGGGCCUCAAGAUCACAGUCAAUGACUCAGACCAGGGAGCCAAUGCCAAAUUCAACUUACGGCUGGUGGGACCUGGAGGCAUCUUCCGAGUGGUGCCACAGACAGUCCUGAAUGAAGCCCAGGUGACCAUUAUUGUGGAGAACUCAGCUGCCAUUGACUUUGAAAAGUUCAAAGUGUUCACCUUCAAGCUCCUGGCCAUUGAAGUGAGCACCCCGGAGAAGUUCAGCUCCACCGCGGAUGUUGUGAUCCAGCUCCUGGACACCAAUGACAAUGUGCCCAAGUUCACCUCUCACUACUACAUAGCCAGGAUCCCUGAGAAUGCCCCAGGGGGCUCCAAUGUGGUGUCUGUCACAGCUGUGGAUCCAGACACAGGUCCCUGGGGCGAAGUCAGAUACUCCAUCUAUGGGUCAGGGGCAGACCUCUUCCUAAUUCAGCCGUCCACUGGGAUCAUCUCCACUCAGCCCUGGGCCAGCCUGGAUGCUGAAGACACAGCCAGGUACAACUUCUACGUGAAGGCAGAGGACAUGGACGGCAGGUACAGCCUGGCCGAGGUGUAUGUCACUCUGUUGGAUGUCAAUGACCACUACCCCCAGUUUGGCCAGAGCAUCCAGGAGAAGACAAUGGUGCUGGGGACCCCAGUAAAAAUUGAGGCCACUGACCAGGAUGCAGAGGAGCCCAACAACUUAGUGGACUAUUCCAUCACCCAUGCGGAGCCAGCCAAUGUAUUUGACAUCGAUGCACACACAGGGGAGAUCCGGCUCAAGAACUUCAUCCGCUCCCUGGACGCCCUGCACAACAUCACGCCCAGUGGGAACCACAUGUGGUCCCUGGAGGUGCAGGCCAAGGACCGCGGCUCUCCAUCCUUCAGCACCACAGCCUUACUCAAGAUUGACAUCAUAGACACAGAGAUGAUGUCCAGAGACCCCAUGGCCGCCUUCCUGAUGCAGACCAAGGACAACCCCAUGAAGGCCGUAGGAGUGCUGGCUGGCAUCGUGACCACCAUCGUGGCCAUCACUGUCCUCAUCUCCACUGCCACCUUCUGGCGCAAUAAGAAGUCCAACAAAGUCCUGCCCAUACGGCGUGUGCUCCGCAAGCGGCCUAGCCCUGCACCUCGAGCCAUCCGCAUUGAGUGGCUCAAGUUCAGAAGGACCAAGGCUGCUGCCAAGUUUGUGCUCAGAGAUGAUCCUCCCAGUGAGAACUGUAACAACAGUGUGGGAAGCUCACCGCCCCCCACAGCCCCACCUCUCCCUCCAUCACCCAAAAUGGUACCCAACAUAGGUGCAGCCCACUGGACUGUGCCUACAGUCUCUGGCUCACUCACCCCUCAGCAUGCCCAGCCAAAACCCGAGGCCUUGGGAAGCCCUGUCCAGUCAGCACUGGUCUUUGAGCUAAGGCAAAAGUUUGAGAAGAAGAAUGCAGAAAACUCAGCUUACUUCUAG